CGCCCGCGGAGGGGAGGUUGCCGAGCGAGGGCAGGAGGACUACUUCCCAGCACCCCAGCCUCCUGCCAUGUCUGACCCCAUCACACUGAAUGUCGGGGGGAAGCUCUAUACAACCUCACUGGCAACCUUGACCAGCUUCCCUGACUCCAUGCUGGGCGCCAUGUUCAGUGGGAAGAUGCCCACCAAGAGGGACAGCCAGGGCCACUGCUUCAUUGACCGUGACGGCAAAGUGUUCCGCUACAUCCUCAACUUCCUGCGAACCUCCCACCUGGACUUGCCCGAGGACUUCCAGGAGAUGGGCCUGCUCCGCAGGGAGGCUGACUUCUACCAGGUGCAGCCCCUCAUUGAGGCCCUGCAGGAGAAGGAGGUGGAGCUGUCCAAGGCCGAGAAGAAUGCCAUGCUCAACAUCACGCUGAACCAGCGUGUGCAGACGGUCCACUUCACUGUGCGUGAGGCACCCCAGAUCUACAGCCUGUCCUCUUCCAGCAUGGAGGUCUUCAACGCCAACAUCUUCAGCACCUCUUGCCUCUUCCUCAAGCUCCUCGGCUCCAAGCUCUUCUACUGCUCCAAUGGCAACCUAUCCUCCAUCACCAGCCAUUUGCAAGACCCCAACCACCUGACUCUGGACUGGGUGGCCAAUGUGGAGGGCCUGCCUGAGGAGGAGUACACCAAGCAGAACCUCAAGAGGCUCUGGGUGGUGCCAGCCAACAAGCAGAUCAACAGCUUCCAGGUCUUCAUGGAGGAGGUGCUGAAAAUCGCACUGAGUGACGGCUUCUGCAUCGAUUCUUCUCACCCACACGCUGUGGAUUUUAUGAACAAUAAGAUUAUUCGAUUAAUACGGUACAGGUAAAAGGACCCCAGCAACAUUGGAGGGGGGCUUCCUAAAGCCAAGAUCUUGGAGAGUGUCUCGCCAGUGGGGUGAGGCAGGCCACUAUACUAACCUGUAUUAAUCGUGUAGCAGGACUUGAUUUCCCCCGUGAUGCAGUCCACCUGUAGGAAUCCAUGUGUCCUCUUGACACAGCCACCUUUUUCCUUGCUACUUUGAGCUGGGGAUGGGCAGUUU